GGAGGCGCUGCACUUCCUUGUCUGUGCUGCUCUCACAGCAUGGCUCCUUUCCCCAACUUUAUCUCGGUGUUUUAGAGUUACUUUAAGGUUGCUUUUGGAUACACGGUCCUUGUGUCUUUUCUGUAACUCAUCUGGACAUGAUGUUUACCACCACCGGCUCUCGGGGCCUCUACAAAGCUCCUCUGUCUAAAGGCCUCCUGCUGGUGCUCAAUGGUUUGACUGUGAUGCUCAUUCUGCUGCCUCAGUACCAACAUCUGUUCAUCUACAGUCUGCAGGCUGUCACGCUGCACCACCAGGUGUGGAGGUUGGUGUGUGGCAGGCUGAUCUGUCUGGAUGUGAAAGACUCCUUCUGCAGUAGCCUGCUCAUCUACAACUUCCGCAUCUUUGAGAGGCGAUUUGGGACGAGGAAGUUUGCUUCCUUUCUGCUGGGUACCUGGUGUUUGUCUGCACUGAUGGACAUCCUGCUGGCUCAGACUGUCCAGUUUCUGUUAGACUAUGAGGUGGAGGAACUUCCAGCAGGACUGCUUGCUCCGGUCUUCUCUCUGUUUGUGCCUUUUUACUUAACCAUCCCAAGGAUGCCGGUUACACAGGUUCUAGGUCAGGUCCACAUCACUAACAAGUUUCUGGUCUACAUAGUAGGCCUGCAGCUUUUGACCUCCAGUCCCUUCAUGUGGCUGCUUGCGUUGAGUGGACUGAUCUCAGGUGGACUGUACCUCUCUAAUCUUCUUCGGUUGCAAAAGCUCAUGUUUGUGCCUUCCUGGGUGUCUCGGUUGGGUCGGCACGUUCUGGAGCCCCUGUUCUCGAGCUCCCAGCCGACUGGUGAGACACCUCUGGGGAUGGGCGCCACUCUUGACAUACAGAGGCAGCAGAGGAUGGACCUUCUUGACCAGCAGCUGCUGCUGGCUCAGUACAACGAGGCCAGGAGGAAUGCCAGGCAGCAGCCACAGUCUGGUUUGCUCCAGUGGACCAGGUUUUUCCCCACCCUGAGGCACAGAGGGCAGAACCAUCCUCCAGCACAGCCCCACACUCAGGCACACGCCUCCUCACAGCCGCCUCUGCUGGACAACUCACCCGUGGCAGAGGAGCAGGUUGCAAGGUUGGUAGAAAUGGGCUUUUCAAGGACUGACGCGCUGGAGGCGCUCAGAGCUUCAAACAAUGACAUUACCAUGGCCACUAACUUCCUCUUGCAACACUGAGAUCUCAGUAAGAGCAACAGAACGAGGACAAGGAAAGAGAGAAAGCUGAGAGAAUCGAAGACAGUUAAUUGUGGUGGUGGGCACGGAAAUUGUACAGACAGUCUGUACUGCUCCCUGCAGCGGUGUUAGCUUGACCUGGUGUGGUCUGAGCUUGACGGCACAGCAAUUAUUGACGGAGCGCGAAGCACAAAUGGGAGAUGUUUGCGUCACAGCUUUGAGAUGGCCGUUGCAGUGUGAAGUAACAUUUGUUGCUCCGGGCAGAUGCAUCAGACUCAAACGGUUUUUCCCAGUGAAAAAUAUCCGGGAAACAAAUGGGUCAAAGCUUUAUUGACAGUAUGGCUGAGAACUUAAAACUUCAGUCUAGAGAAGCGCGUUUCUCUAAAACAACGCUGAUACAGAAGUUCACCAGUCAGCUGAGCUCCAGCACAUCUUCUACACAAAUGCCAACUAACAACUCUCAGAAAUGUAUUUUUAGUUAUCGCUGUGCCACGUCGCACCCUUGUCUACGAUAGGUGGAAAAUGACAGGAAGUUUAAUCACGGGAACAGUAUUAUUCAUCUCACCAGAUAAAAGGAAAGGAGCUUAUUUAAUUUUAUUUGGAAGCUGUUUUAUUAUUUUACUUUUUUGUCACUGGAGGAAAAUAAAGGGGAGUACGACACGUGUACCGUAUUUCCUUAUUAAUAGCCGGGGCAUGCAGUGUGCAGACUCAGCACCUAAAUGAGGCAAGCAAGUAUUAACAAAAUGCAGCGUGCUGUCUGCUCUGCAAUUUAUAAGUUUCACACCAAAGACAACCGCUUUACAUCUGUCAUGUAGCAUCGAGCUAGAUGUUCUCAAUAUAAUGGGAUGAUGAUAAAUCAAUGCAGUGCUAAAUUGAAAUGAUACGAGUGUGCCACCUAUUGUCGUUCCCCUGCAACUGACACCGUGCCAUGCUGUUUAAUCGUAGGGGUUUAAGGUACCACUUUGCAGCGCACUUAGAAAAAGAAAAAUUUAAAGUAAAAAUUGUACACAAUGCCUCACAAGAUUCCUUUUAAGUUUUACAACAGCCCAUGUCAUUUUGAGAGGGGAACAACAACAUCCUGUUUUAUACAAUGAAAAAAUGGUAUACGUUAUGAACCAUGUGGUAGUUGCUUCAAUUCGUGUAUGACGCAAUAAGCAACCCUGAAUUGCGAUAGUAAAACCUACUUUUUUCAAGGCUGAAGAAAUAGAUCUACUAAUGUCCUUCAUAUAAUGAGAAUAAUUUAUUGUAAACUACCUACCUUGCUGUUUUUUGGCAAACGCAACAGCUUGCAGAUUUGUUUCAGCACAAAAAGCACAGUAGGAACUGUGCUUUUUUUGUGACAUCACUGGUAGAAGAUUACCAGUAUGUUGUCCAUCAGCACACACGCUCAAGCAGGAGGCUGCUAUUUGAACCCGUGACUGCUCACACGGACAAUCAGCCAGGCAGCGACAUCUGGUGGCUAAUAUACGUGACUUAGCCUUUAAACAAGAGUGGCGCCUGUUUAAGGCAGGUGUUUAAUUUUUUCUGGCGGAGUUUUGACCAAGCAAUUAAAUGAGGCAGACCCGUAUUUAAGGGCAGGCGUUUAAUCAAGGAAAUACGGUAAAUAGAGGAAAACAGCAAGGCUAUAUUUGUUGUAACCUUUAUUUCACCUGGUUUGUCCCAUUGAGAUCAGAAGAUCUAUUUUUCAAGGGAGACCUGACCAAAAAUGGCAGCAAUACACAGUUUCAACAGUCACGCAGACUCAAUACAGUACAAAUAUGUAAGAAAACAUCUGUUAAAACAGUGACAUUCAUAAAGUCUGCAUUUAUGAGGAGAUCCAAAGGUUACAAAAAAGGACAAACAUAAGAAUCUUAUGAUGAAGCAAUCAAUAAAGAAUGUGACCUACAGGAUAAAACAGAAGUGAGACCACCCAAGUACAUGAUGACUUUUCUUAAAGCAUUCAAAGUUGUCACAUCUCAAUAAUUGCAUUGUGUCAAAGAUGACCAAUGUGAUUACUUUGGAUCUUAUAUUAAAGGAUACCCUUACAUCUAAUCAGUUCAUUGCAUUGAGUUUCCAUUUUGGCACCUUUAUUAUUAUUUUUUUUUUACAUCUUUCCAAAGUAUUUGUUUUUGCUCAAAAGAGAACAUGAUGUACUUGUCAGCUUAGAAUUUUUUUUAAUCAAAUCUCAUUUUAAAGGGUCUCAUGGGCAAGACAGAAAAGUGUGAUGUAAUUUCACAUGUUACACACUGUACUUUUGCUGUUUCAGUUUGCAGCUGUUUGUUGUGUUUCCUGCAGCCGUUUCAUACAUAAGAUGUAACCUGGCAGUUUCCCCCAAAUGACAGUUGCUGCUGAAGUCCGUCAAGAGCCGACUGUUUUGGAUUCCCUCUUUUUUUAAAACUGCAUUUACGUUGUACAUAUAUUUUAUGUACAUUGGUGCCAGAGAUGGGCUUCUUUAGCAGGAUCCAGGCUCUGUGGACUAUCUCAGGGUUAUGACAUGCUACUUUAAACACAUUUGCACACGAGUGCACAUCUAGAGACUGAAAUCGCAUUUCCCCAGACCAGACCUCCAGCUUUUCACAUCCAUCCUGCUGUCCUGUACUUGGUCCUCAUGUUUUUAUUUUUGUCUGGAAUGUCAUUUUGUUUGCAGGCACACUUGUCUAAAUUAUGCCAAGUCUUAAAAAAAAGUCAGAUUUUAUUUAUUAUGCAAUAUUAUGACAGUGGCAAAUUAAGGACACUGUGCACUAUAUAGUAAGAACUCUGUCUAUAAAUGUACUUGUGAAUAUUUUGUGCAGGAAAAGUACAGUUUCAGCAUUACGUGCUGUUAACAGAUGUGCUAGUUUUAUAUUUUGUGUGUGUUAAUAUUGAUAAUAUAUGACCACUGGCUUUUGUCAUUUGUGUGUGUACUUUAAGAGUGAUACAGUUGAUGAGAAAGUUUCUGCAUGGACAAAUUAAUGAUGGACUGUAGUGAACCAUUUGCUCUGUGGAAUAAAUUAACUUUCUGCUGAAAUGA